AUGACCGCCAUAGUCUCCAGCUGGUCGUCGCAUCCAGCAGGUAGCGACACAUCCGGGGAUGAGAACCGCGGUGUGGAUGCCUCGGACACCUCAUCUUUGAGGGUCGCUCUUUCGCCUCAUACCGCACUCCCUCCGAUUCAGCAGAGGUCACCAACCCCUGGCAGUGUCUAUUCGGACGGCCAACAGGCCCUAGAUUUCGGAGAACCGGCUUCGGAGAACGCAGGGCACACCUCGUUGUCCAUGCGAGCCUGCCCUGACUGUCAAGAGGCUUUACUUGGCGCUUAUAACCACUGUCUUAUGGACACGGGCACAGAGAGCUCGUUGUUGGAUUCACUGAAUCAAAUCGACGAAGAGGAGGAUGGCCGACGGCUGACGGACCCCCCAUUCUUUCGGAUUAUCCGCGAUCCGACAGCCCCCAAAAACACGCUCUACACGGACGUUGGAAAAAAGGUAGAGAGAGACCGAUGGGCCUUCCAAGAGGGAAAAAAUGCAUCCAAAUUAGAGCAAGCCAAAAACAAAAAGCUACCAUGUGCAGUGGCCAAGGGCGCGGGCGUCCAAGGCAGUCACCUAUUCUCGGGAGCAAUUUACAAGCGAACUUUAGACUUCAAGGACAAGGAAAUAAAGAUGCUUCGAGAGCAGUUAUACGAUAAGAUAGUGUCGGAGCGCGCCGACCAUGAAGACGCUCAGAAACUCCGUAGCGUCCUGAAAAAGGCCGUUAAUUACUAUGUCUAUGCCGAAGAAUGGCAAGCGAUUGAGAGUUCUCGACUACAGGCCGACGUACGAUCACUAAAAGCCGAGCUCGCCUCCCUCAUGGCUUUCCUGAUUCAAUCGGAGAAUGACAAGCGGAAGCUUGCCGGUGAAAUUCAAGGGCAUCAUGACGCCGUUGCGCAAAAAGAGGAGGUCAUCAAAGAAAAGGACAACAUGAUUGAAGAAAUGAAGAGCAAACUGCACAAGUCUUUCAAAGAGUUUCUUCACAUAAAUAAGACCAUGGCGGUCCUCGAAGUGGAAGCGGCGAAGGGAUCAGAGGUUACGCAGGGGAGAAAUGAGGUUCUGCAGCGAAAUCUUGAUAAGCUCGCACGCGAGUUCGAAAUAACGACCCGCGAUCUUACAACGGCGAAUGAUCGGAUUCGAGAGCUGGAGUUCGAGUUGGAAGAGCUGGUAUCACAGUUCAAUCAGACGGGAGAGGGUAAAAGGGCCGCAGAGGAGCAUGCGCGGAAGCUCUCGACAGAGCUGGAUCGGACUGUCGCUGAAUUGACCAGCACGCGACACACCUAUGAAAUUACGGAGAAGCAGCGCCGACAGCUGGAGGCCGAGCUUGCCGAAGUGAAUCAGGCUUUCACAGAUUCGAAGUUCGAGCUGAACUCCAAAGUUGGCGAGCUUAGCAAAGAUCUAGAGACUGUUACGUCACAGAGAACGGAGCUCCAAACAGCAUUGCAGAACACGAAAGCAGAAAAUGAGAAGCUGUCAAUCUCUCUGAAGGGCGUCACUCGUUCUAAAGAUCAACUGGAAUCUGCUUUCCGAGUCUCCACUCAAAAGUACGAGAAGGAGAUCAGCACUCGAGAUACGAAGAUUCACGACCUGGGGAAUCUGCGAGAAGAGGAUGCGAAGGCGUUGAGAAAAACUCUCGAACAAAAAGAGCAGCUCAUGUAUCAAGUCACUGAUUUGCAGAACUCACUCAACCGUGAGACGGCGAGUCUGAAUAUGGCAAAUUUCGAAUUGACCCAAGUUAAACGGCAAGCGGACGAGAAAGUAGCCCUGCUAGAGGAUCAGCUCGAAAAGCUCAACACUGCGAAGAUCGCUCUCGCCGCGGAUAAACGGCAAGUGACGGAGAAGUACAAACAAACGCGGUCCGAAUUACAAGAGAAGGAGCACGAGCUGGGUCAUAUCAAAAGCGAGUUUUCACGAUCUCGCGACCGGGCGAAGCAGAAGGAGUCUACGCUCGUGAAAGAACUGGCUGAGCUCACCGAAGCUCAUACAACUUUGAAAACGAGUUUCGCUAAUUACGCAACUGAUCUGACGCACGCUGCUGAGGAAAAGCAAACCCUUGUUAGCAAAGUUGACACUCUUGAGCAUGAUAGGGACGAAGCUAUCGCUCGCGGUGAUCAGCUUGCAACCGAGCUCGCCGUCUUCAAAUCGCGGACGGAAAGACUUACCGCUGAUCUCGAUGCGGCGAACACGGACAAGGCUGAUGUUAAAAAGCACUUGGAGUCUGUGGUCAUCAAAGUUGAUGAGCUUACGAGGACUAUGAACAAUUUGGAGCGCGAAUCCACGUCCACUAUCAAGACGAAAGACGGCGAAAUUCGCCGACUGACGAAGGAAGCGUAUGACGCGAAAGAGGAAGUCAACCGCUUGAGCAAACUAUCCAAGAAGCUGAGAGCAGUCCUGGACCAGCUGGACAUUGAGCACACAGCCAUCAAAAAGGCGCUGCAAACCGAGAAGAGCGAGCGGGAGUAUAUCGAGGCAUCUGCCCACGAUCUCCGACAGAGCCUGCAUUCCGAACGCCAGAUCCGACUCGAGUUUGAGCGCUUGCACGAGCGGCUGAAUCGCAGUGAAGGGGAACGUGAGCGUGAGGCGCUUGCUGGGCUUCGGUUACGCAACCGGCUCCUCGCUCAAGUCGCCGCGGGACUAAACGAAGAGCAAAGCCGGCUCAAAGAGCUUUCUGCGAUCCUGCCGACGGAUGAUCAGUUACAAGCCAUUGAUGGGCCGGAGAUCAAAGAUUUCAAGCCGGCGGAGCUGCCGAGGAACGCUGCGCCGCGACAACGGACGCCUGGCGCGGGUCCAGGGUUCAAGCUGGUGGUGCGAAGACCAAUGAAUGCAGAAACGGAUAAGGACUUGGCUAGCCCACACCCCUCGGCGAUCGCGGCGGGUGUCGGCACGCCCCGGUGA